AUGCGCCUUAAAUCCACAUUAGCAGAGGCUUUACUGCUACUUAAUGCAGCCUCUGGUGUGCCGGGGCGGGUACAGAGUUUCUCUCGCGUAAAGGUGACUGUCGUCUCUGCUGCUCCUGAGAAACUAAUUUGUGAAAUGAAAGUAGAAGAACAGCACACUAAUAAGUUUGGCACUCUCCACGGUGGUCUGACAGCAACCUUAAUAGAUUCCAUAUCAACCAUGGCUUUGAUAUGCACAGAAAGGGGAGCACCCGGAGUCAGUGUUGACAUGAACAUAACGUACAUGUCACCUGCUAAAAUAGGAGAAGAAGUAGUGAUUACAGCACAUAUUCUGAAGCAAGGAAGAACACUGGCAUUUGCCUCUGUAGAUUUGACCAACAAGGCUACAGGAAAAUUAAUAGCACAAGGCCGACAUACAAAACACCUGGGAAACUGA